AUGACUGUCCCCAACGGCACCAACCCCGGGAAACCGGUCCUAUUCUUUGACAUUGACAACUGUCUUUACCCAAGGAGCAGCAAAGUGCAGGAUCUCAUGGCGGAGCUGAUUGACAAGUAUUUCUCGGAGCAUCUCAGCCUGCCCUGGGAUGAGGCUGUCAAGCUGCACAAGGAAUACUACACCAACUACGGCCUGGCCAUCGAAGGCUUGGUCCGCCACCACCAGAUCGACCCUCUGGAGUACAACGCCAAGGUCGACGACGCCCUGCCCUUGGAGGAUCUCAUCAAGCCCAACCCAGAGCUGCGCCAGCUGCUCGAAGACAUUGACAGGAGCAAGGUGACCCUGUGGCUGUUCACGAAUGCGUACGUCAACCACGCCAAGAGGGUGGUUCGGCUGCUGGGCAUAGACGAUCUCUUUGAUGGCCUCACCUUCUGUGACUACAGCGAAGUACCGCUGGUCUGCAAGCCUCACGAAAACAUGUACAAGAAGGCCAUGAAGCAGGCCGGCGUGGAACGAAUGGAAGACUGUUAUUUUGUUGAUGACAGUUUCGCAAACUGCGCUGCUGCAAAGAAGCUGGGCUGGACGGCAGCGCACCUGGUGGAGGAAGACGUUCCGGCGCCAAAGGUCCAAGCCUCGCAGUAUCAGAUCCGCCACUUGCGAGAAUUGCGAGAGGUCUACCCCCAAUUCUUCAAGAGCUCUUGA